AUGAGUCAAAUGUUCUUUGAGAAUUUAAUACAAAAAUAUCCUGAUUAUACAGAACAGUGUAAGACGCUUCAAGAAGAAAAAGAAAAGAAAUUAUAUUUCCAAUUAACAGAAGAAAGUGAAAAAUUUGUUAAUGAUAGAUUUUUACAAACUAUUGGAGUUAUUAGUGAUUUUUAUGAAUUAUUUAUUCGUGAUAUACAAAAGAAAAUAAACCCAAUUAAAUUAACUCAAAUUGUUAUUGCUGUUUGUAAAGGAUUUAAAGAAUAUUCUAAAGCUAUUGAAUUAGUUAAUAGUAUUAUGGAUGAUGUUAAAAGUGAUCUUGGAGCACGGUGUUUAUGUUAUUCAAUAAUUGGAUAUUACAAAUUGUUAUUAAAUGAUAAUAAUGGAGCACGUGAUGAAAUUGAUAAAUUAACGAGACUUUUAGAACAUGAAGAAGGAUUAGAGGCUAUUGUAUAUAGUCAAUAUCAUUAUUUAUGUACAUGUUAUUAUGAAAGUAAAAAUGAUGCAAAUGAAUAUUUUAUUAGUGGAGUAAAAUAUUUAAAGUUUGUUGAUCAAAGUAUAAUGGAAUUAGAUGAUAAAAUAAAAUUGUAA